UCCUGAUUUACCUCAACAGCUGUAAGUCUAAACUUGCAGCCCCACUGUUGUGCAGCAACUCAUAGUGAGUAGGGAAAAGGGGACUUGAAACUAGGACAGAGCAGUCUGGCCCCUUUCCCUUCGAACCAGAGGCACAGAGAGAAGACACUAGUCUUGUGCAGAGAGAGAAAAGGAGAAGAGACUUUGUGGGAAGCUUGCUGCAGUCACUGAGGAAAGAAGCCCCUGGGACACAGACCAGUGUAUCCACAUUGCAGAACACCAAAUUUAAUAGAUUUAUAUCAGGGGAAGAAUAUUGACUGAACAGAAAUCUCAUCACCUGGAAACAUGCACAAGCGCACAAAGAUAAAGAUUUCCAUCUUCGUGCUUCUGGUGGGUAUGGCUUGCAUGUUCACGGCAGUGGUAACGGACCAUUGGGCAGUGCUCAGCCCGCGGGUGGAUAAAGUCAAUCAGACCUGCGAGGCAGCCCACUUUGGCCUGUGGAGGCUGUGCAAAAAGUACAUCUACAUCAGCUCGGAAAACUACGUGGAGGGGCAUGGCUGCGGACCCAUCAGCCUGCCUGGAGAGGAAAACUGCACUUACUUCAGACACUUCACUCCGGGGCAGGAUGCUGAGAUAUUUGAAUAUAAAACACAAAAAGAGUACAACAUCUCUGCUGCAGCCAUCUCCAUCUUUAGUCUGGGCUUCAUGAUCCUGGGGUCUCUGUGUUUGAUAGGAUCAUGUACCGGUAAAGGCAAAGGAAGAGACUACCUCCUCAAACCUGCUGGCAUGUUUUUUGCAUUUGCAGGUCUCUGUUCCUUCAUCUCACUCGAGGUGAUGCGACAAUCAGUCAAGCGCAUGAUCGAGAGCGAGGAAACAAUCUGGAUCGAGUACUACUAUGCAUGGUCCUUUGCCUGUGCUUGCACCGGCUUCAUCCUCCUCUUUCUCACUGGCAUCGCCCUCCUGUUACUCUCCAUGCCCCAGAUGCCCAGAAAUCCAUGGGAGACUUGCAUGGAUGCCGAGCCGGAGCAAGUAGAAUGAAGGGUAGACAGAAAAAAGAAUGCAGGAUGAGAGGCGACUGUGUCUUUUGUUUUGAGUACAGAUGUUAGAUUCAUUUCAAGAACAACAGCUGGCCAUAAAAGGGUAAGGUCAUGAUGACAGAACUAGGUUUGGAUGUGGGUGGACCAUAGCCAUGAUAGGGUAAUUUACCUCCCUAAAAUUCACUGCAACUUGAAAAUGAGCCUUUUGUCAGAGUUCUGAAUGCUUGCCUUAUCUCAUGUGCCUAGUGUAAGUAUAAAAUACUUAGUAUUUUUAGUAUAAAAUGUAGUAAUUCUCUCCAACACCUCCUCAGAUACGGUUCAUGUUGGAGACCUUAGCUCAAAUCUGACAUGAGGCCUAAAAAACACCACACUUCUUAGUAGCCAACCAGGGCCAAAUACCAUUUACAAUUAUUAGUAAGCACUUGUAGUAUGACAAAUAUACACAUACAAAAAGAAAUAUUAGUAAUAAUUUAGGAGGUUGCAUGUUCUUCGCUCUGUUUGCGUGGAUUCUCUCCAUGUACUCCAGCUUCCCACGGUUCCACUCCCACAGUCAUACAGGUUAAUAGGUUCACUGGUGACUCUAAAUUCCCAGUAGGUGUGAAUGUGAAUGAUUGUUUGUCUUUAUGUGUCAGCCCUGUGAUGAACUGGUGACCUACGUACCAGGGUGUACCCCACCAGCUCCAGCCCCUAGCAAUCCUGAUAAGGAUAAGCAGUUAUGGAAUAUGAAUGAAUGAAUUAAAAAUUAUUUAUUUACCAAAAAACACCAGGGGUGUCCAGAUUUGGGCCAGAUUUGACGAU